AUGGCGGCGGCACGCGAGCGGCGCCUCGCCGGCCCGAGGUCCAACGCCCCCCCCCCGAGGGCGGGCGUCGCCCGGAGUGCUGCGGGCUCCUCGGCUCGCACCAGCGUGCUGCUUUGCCGUUUGUUCUUUUUGUUGAGAAACAUGAUUUGCCACUGUAGCGCUGGCGCUUCACGCUAUACGAGUAAGGCAGCGCAUGUGGAAACCCAGCACUCAGACGCCAUGGAGGGCAGUGCCUAUUCAGCAGCAGUCAGUCAGGGCUAUGUUUUACCAGAAGGAAAAAUCAUGCCAAACACAGUCUUUGUUGCUGGAAUUGACUUAAGGGUGAAUGAAGGAGAAAUUCGGAGUGUCUUUGAACAAUAUGGUACUGUGAAGGAGGUGAAGGUCAUCACUGACAGAUCUGGUAUUUCAAAAGGGUAUGGAUUUGUGUCUUUCCUGGACAAUGUGGAUAUUCAAAAGAUAGUUGAGUCACAAAUCAACUUCCAUGGUAAAAAGCUGAAACUGGGGCCAGCAAUCAGAAAACAACAAAACUCAAAUUCUGACGUGCAGCCCAGACAAGUAGUUCUUGGUCCUCCUCCACCGCAGUUCCAGAAUGUAUGGAGUAAUCACAGUAUGGAGACAUAUGUGCAGCCUCCAGCUGUCAUGAACCCAGUAACACAGUAUGUUCAGCCCUAUCCAUACAAUUCAUCACCAACUGUACUGCUAAAGCCGCAAGUCCCCGUAGGAUAUCAACCGACUUACAACUAUCAGGCCCAACCACAGUGGCUUGCUGGAGAGCCAAGAAAUUACGUAAUGCCUCCAACUCCGGUGUAUACUUCAGCAAACUAUCAUGGCUCUGAAGAUACAGGAGCUGCACAGAUGGAAUGUGCUGCUCCUGAGCCUGUGCAGUUGCCUAGCAGUCCACAAAAGAAGUCUGUGGACAGGGGCAUGCAAACAGUAUUAUCCUGUCUGUCUAAUCGUGAGAACCAGCUGAAAAAUGACUUUGUAUCACAAGACAACAAUGUAGAGGAGGGUAGGACAUACCACUUCAGAAGAGGAAAGACAGCACACAAACCCCUUUGA